AUGGCCUCCGUACUUGUCCCCGUAGCCUAUGUGAUCAUCAUCUUCGGUGGUCUUUUUGUUUUCAGCUUUUUCUAUCGAAAACACACCUCAACCAAGGCCUACGAGCCUUACUUUCCUUCGCAUCCGGAGCGAAAUGCAUACAUCACUCUCCUUCAAAAGACAGACCCUCCCGCCCAUGACGCCCUUCUCAAAUCAGCACUCGUCCGACGCGCUAUGGCUGAUGUGCAACGUGUACUCCGGAUUCGUGAAGACAAGCCCGCUUUGCAAAACUUACUCCAGAAAGGUUCAAUAGGCGACGACCUAUGGAACAGCCUACUAGCAGCGGAGAAGGAACUAGAGGCUGAGAUCAUGGAAGUGGUUGCUGAAGCUAAUUCUUUCGUGGAAGGCUGGGGUCAGCACAUUUUUCCGACCGCAAAUGAAAUGUUAGCAAACGAGAAGAUUCGUGCUGUGUAUGAACGGACGAAUGAGGUGAAGGCGGAGAUCGAGGCAAAGCAUGGACUGGCACCGAAGAACCCUCCUGCAGUCGCCCCAUCAUCCAAGAAAGCACCAAAUGGGUUGCUAUCACCAACAAGUCCUACAGACAGUGUCCUUUCGAGUGACGGAGAUGGUUCCGUGACCUCGAAAUCUGGCAAAAAGACUAAGAAACGGAGGUAA